GUAGUUUGCGCUCUUAAGACAAGGGGCAGAACCACGCAGGACUCGGAUUUAAUGGCGCUCGUUAACAAAAAAAUGACUCUUAAUCUGCCAAUAAAACAGUGUCAGGCGCUUGUUCGGAGCAUACAAAACCUUCCGAGCGGAUUUAGAGAGCGGCUAAAUAAUUGAACUUGUAGGUGCGAGUGUCACUGUGUGUCUUGUUCUCGGAUGGAGAGAAUCUUUGCUAUUUACACUAAUGGUGUUUUAGACAGCGGACCGUGAGUGAUUUAAGCUGAAGUUGGACCAUGUGAGGAAAAUAAGCUGGAAAAAAGCACGCGCGUGUGUUUAGAUUGAGUAAAUCAAUAUUAACUAAAAAAAAUCGUGCGCUCUGCGUUAAGGGACCGCGCUUGUCUAGACGACGCAUACACGCAACGGCUCUGUAUAAUUGCCAGUUGACAGCAGCCAUAUAAGAUGCACAGGCUCGACGCUGAAGAACUGUCCUUUUUGCAUAUUGCAUAUAAACAAGACAAUUUAUUUAGAGAGGGGGUAAUCUAUUAAGAGAGAGGAGAGGGAGAAAGGCCAGCGUUGAGGAUUGAUUUACGCUCCAUUGACGCUUUAUCGGCCUCGAAGAAAAGGUCCGGCCAAUCAGUUUGCGCCUCGCGCACAGCCCCCCUCUUUCGUCCCAACACACACUCACACACACACAUGCACGCAAAUACACGCGCACACUCAUACAACCCCCCUCUCCUCCUCAUCUGCACGGUUCGAGACUGAGGGCUGUAGCACUUUGUUUCACUAUAGUGAGCAAGUUGUUAGGAAGGAAAGAGGACCAGAGGAGAGAGAAAGAGAGAGACACACAGAGAGAAAGGGAUAGAGGAAAAGGGAGGGAGGGGGAGAGCGAGCACAGGACCGAACAGAGGAAGAGAAAAAAGAGAGAGGAAGAGAGGAAAAUCUCGUCAUGUCUCUCUUCUUGUUCUCUGCUGAGUGAACUCGCGGGCGUUUUUUCGCAUGCAGAUAAUGUCCGAGAAUGUCCAUUUCUGGGACUUUGAGCAACUAUUACGUGGACUCCAUCAUAAGUCACGAGAGCGAUGAACUCUCGACCCCGACUCGCUUUCCCAGCGUCCAGUAUUCCGGCUCCAGCGCCGCCGCCGCAGCAGCAGCGGUAGCGGCGGCAGCAGCGGCGGGAGGGAGGCAGCCAGGAGGCGCCGCGCAUGCCGAGCAUCCUCAUCCCGAGUCCUAUCCAUCAUGCAGUUUCCAGCCGAAGCCCCCGGUCUUCUCUCCGACCUGGAGCCCCUUCAGUCCGCACAAUGGUGCCAGUGGCCUCCCCACAGUCUACCACCCUUACAUCCCAACUCAGCACGUGCCCGCCGCGGACCCUCGGUACUUACGCUCGUGGCUGGACUGCCCUCCGCGAGGCUCCGAGUCUGUCCCGGGACAGGGCCAGACGGGACAGGUUAAGCUCGAGCCGCAGCUCGGGCACCUCGGCGGGGAGAUCUCAGCCAAACUGGGCGGACAGCAGCACCAGCACGAGACCACCACCACAUACAUCCUGGCGUCGACCUCCGCGAGCCAUCAUCCAACCGCCAUCGCGGGAGCACGGUUCGACGAAAAUAAGGACAUUUGUGAGGGGAGUGAGGACAAAGACGGCAUUGAUCAAAAUGACCCCUCGGCCAACUGGCUCCACGCGCGCUCCUCCAGGAAGAAGCGAUGCCCGUACACCAAAUACCAGACGCUCGAGUUGGAGAAGGAGUUCCUGUUCAACAUGUACCUCACGCGGGACCGGCGGCACGAGGUGGCGCGCGCUCUGAACCUGACGGAACGACAAGUGAAGAUCUGGUUCCAGAAUCGGAGGAUGAAAAUGAAGAAACAGAGCAAGGAGCAGCCCAAGGACUAAAAACUGACCUCUCUUUACGUACGCUCGUACGGUGUCACCGACACCAAAUCCCCCCCUUCCUCUUUGUAAUGUCCACACAACACAAAAUGGCCUUCAAGACGACUGUAAACAUAACCGCUGUUUCUAAUUUCACCUAACCCAGAGUCACUAUACCAUGUGAGCUUCAGUCCAAACUCUAAAAACUGGUCAAUUGCUUUAUUGAUCCCCCAAUUAAAGGCACCCACGCCAUGUGACGAUGUAAGGAGGCUGUGGAACUGUAGAAUCCUCUGCGUCAGUGCGCACAGACCACCUUCUCCUCCUCCUCCUCCUCCACUUCCUUCUCAUGGACCAGUUCCCUGUCAAAUGGCUUCGACUCCACAUGAAACUGUUUGAGUGACUUCAGCGUCCUGCAUAUUCAUCUAAUUACAGUAUGCUAUGAAUUAGGCUUUGAUAAUUGGCCAAGGAAGCCGCAAACCGCCUAUAGUGACGCUAAAACAGUCAGGGCCGGGGGUGGGUUUUUUAAGGGUGGGGUAGCACAUGCAGAGAGAGUCUUUUUCCCUUUCUUUCUUUCUUUCUUUCUUAUUAGUUAUUUAUUGUCACGUCGCGCGCAAAGGUGCUGAAACCGAGUUUCACAUGACCAUUAAUAAGCAGAGGGGAGGGGCUGGACCAACACACUAUCAUUCCCCUUCUUGUUUCCCUCAUUGAUGGUCGCAUUUGAUUAGAAAGCCGCUCGGUGGUCGGUGAUGAUACAGCCGCCGUUUGUUUCCUGUUUGUCGGUUUAAGUAAUGAACAGAUACCGGAGAGGAGGAGGAUGAGUUGGAAGGCUGGACGUCGCCAUGUUUAACCCGACUCAGCAACCGUGGGAUGAGAUUAGUCUUUUGUCGAUAUUGUAAAUCCCGACACUUCAGCUGCGUCUCCGGAUGCUUUAUGUGCUGCUGGAGCGGCGGCGGCUCAUCCGCGACUUGUAUCGGCUAUCGAUAAUCGUCCUUCCCGCGUCGCCUCAUCAGCCUCGAACCACUGAGAGGAGGCACAAGUCUACAGAUUUUUUUUAUUUCAACCCGGACUCAUUGCUUUCACAAUUUGGCCUGUAAAGCCUCAGUUUUUUUGUGAUUUAUUGAAGUGAGCGUUGCCUUGACCAGCCGCAGAACGCAGCUCAGAAUACACGAAAAACAACAGAUAAACAUUGACUUGCUUCAUCUCAAACUGCCUGACCCUGCGCGCUUUGGUGUCACACCGGCUCCUUCUUUUUAGGUUUUACCCUAUAAAGUUAUUCUAUACCUUUUGAUUUUUCAAAUGGUUGCGCAACAUGCCAGUGUAGCACAUGAAAUAUUGCAAAAAAAAAAAAAAAAAGCUAAUCUGGCACCAUCUCCCAGUCUCCACUCAUACACUUUAAGAAAGAAUCAGCUCUAUUUUUAUACAUACAGUAACUAUAUUGUGUAUUAUCUGCUAUGCAAGGCAGUCUCUCUCCCUCUCUCUCUCUCUCUCUCUCUCUCUCUCCCUCUCUCUCAUUUCAGGAAGUACAUAUAGCCCAGAGCCACAACAGUUUCUGAAUGCAACUGGGACUGAAGAUAUGAAAUGUGCUCACAUGUUUAGGGUUUAUUAUUAGAUGUUAUUUUUUUGUUCCUGUACGGAGGUUUUACUUCUGCAUAAAAUAAAUAAUUAAUGAAUAAAACGGACAAAGCAGCUGCGCACAACAUGUAACUUUGGGUCUGUGCAUCUGUGUCUUCAUGUAAUAAGCUCGGAGGAUUAUUAUCUGGUGAGGAGUUUGUGCAGUUCCACUGAUGCCAGUGCGCGCGCGCGUGUGUGUGUGUGAGAGAGAGAGUACAUGUUAGAAGGCCGAGCGAUUGCCGUGGCCUUAUUUGAAGUGUCUGCGCAGUUAAAUGGCGUCCGAUGGCAGUUUUAUGGUCGGAUCAUAAACAACACAUUGGCUUUAUGGCGUUUACAGCGUUUAUAACGAAUAUUGAGUGUGUGUGUGCGCGCGCGCGCAAGCAACAUUUACAAGUAAAACUAAAUUAUACACACACACACAUACACUCACACACACACUCACUCACACACUUUUGUACAGCAAUGCUAGUGAGGACACUCAUAGACAUAUUGCAUUCCAUUAUAGACUAACAAUUAAUUGCAUAACUCCAAUCCAUAAUCUAAUCCUCCAAUCUAUAAUCCUCUUUUCAAGGAUCAGGACUCAGGAAAAAAAAAAAAAAACGAAAAAAAAAAACAUAAUUCUAAAUAGAGCAUAGGAAAUUAGCACAAUUAAUAUGGUUUGAAACCACUCAAGACAAUAGAAAAAAUAAAAUAAAAUAAAAUGUAGAAAAAGAAAAGAUUAAACACAUGAACCUAUUUUUAAUUUUAACAACAAAACUAGCUCUUAUCCCACAAACAGCCCUAUAUGACAGUCCUCACACACACACACACACACUGAGCGGCAUCAAAUCCUCUCUCUAGGAGUAAAAAUGUUUACAUAGGUCUCGCAUGCCUCAAAGUCUCGCGUCAUUUUGCGACGUUAUUAUUUCAUGGUUUAGAUCUAUGUGUGUUAAAGGUGUCGGAGGGGAAGGUUAAUGGAACAUAAAGAAAAGAAAAAAAAGAUUAAGUAGAAGUUUUGGGUAGGAAACAUUCCUAAUUUAUGUUUAUGUAUAUAAUGUUAGUAACCUCGUCUGUCUUUCUUAUUGGAAUGAGUUCAAAUAUGUUUUCUUUUUGGGACAAGGCAUCUUACUGUAUAAAUAUACAUCAUGUUCCUUUUUUAAUGUUCCUCGUUAUGUUACUUAGGUUCUGAUUGUGUUUCCAUGUUGUCGUUGUUGUUGUUGUUGUUGUUGUUGUUGUUGUGCCGACUGUCUGAAUGAUGGUCAGUCUGAUGAGCUCCUCCUGUCUGAACAGUGGACACUAACUUUGGCUUUGAGCCCAAGACGAAGCAAUGCUUCCAUUUUUAAAUUAUGAUUAUUCUAAUUUCUUUAGCUGUUAUUCCCUGUUUAGUUUUCUGUCUCAUAGAUUUGUUUCUAGAUUUGUUAUGGCCUCAACUCCUUGAGUUGUUUUUUUUUUCGUCCCUUCUUGUUUUCAUGAGACAAAUCUAAGCCAUGUGGCCACAGUAGAGGCUUUAUUAUUGACGAGCAGGAGAGCUCCACUCACUCUGAUCCCCUCUUCCACGUGAGAUGACCCCACGUCCCUGAUUCGUGUACGUUUCCUCCUCUCUCUCUUUUCUUCUGUGUUCUUUCUGUGUCUCUUUGUUUCCUCGUGCAAUGGCACUGCUGAUGCUGGAUUCCUAUUAAAGAGCUGACUUUACAGUAAC